CACUCCCUGGGCGCCAGGUAGUUUUCCGGUCCCGUGGGCUGAGGGACUACCGGGAACUCCCGCUCAGUCUCCACCCCGAAGUGGGGCGGGUCCGUCCAGGAUAAGACCCGCUGCCGGGACCAGAGGAGGGUGUGACGCGCGCUGCCACAGGGGAGGAUCCCAGCCCGGUCUCGGCUCGAGCGGAACUUCUGCCUGGGUGACAGAACUCUGAUCUUGACAUAGAGUCAUGGCCAUGGCAACCAAAGGAGGCACCAUCAAAGCUGCUUCAGGAUUCAACGCCUCUGAAGAUGCCCAGAACCUGAGGAAGGCCAUGAAGGGGAUAGGCACCGAUGAAGAUGCCAUUAUCAGCAUCCUGGCCCAUCGCAACACGGCCCAGCGCCAGGAGAUCAGGAGCGCCUACAAGAGCACCGUGGGCAGGGAUCUGAUGGAUGACCUGAAGUCAGAAUUGAGUGGCAACUUCGAGAAGGUGAUCUUGGGGAUGAUGACACCCACCGUACUGUAUGAUGUGCAGGAGCUGCAAAAGGCUAUGAAGGGAGCUGGCACCAAUGAGGGCUGCCUGAUUGAGAUCCUGGCCUCCCGAUCACCAGAGGAGAUCAACCGCAUAAAGAACACCUACCUGCUGCAAUAUGGAAACUCCCUUGAAGAUGACAUUCGCUCUGACACGUCAUUGAUGUUCCAGCGAGUGCUGGUGUCUCUGUGCUCUGGUGGCAGAGAUGUAGGAAAUUAUCUGGAUGAUGCUCUCGUGAAAAAGGAUGCCCAGGACCUGUAUGAGGCUGGAGAAAAGAGAUGGGGGACAGAUGAGGAGAAAUUUUUAACUAUUCUCUGUGCCCGGAAUCAAAAUCAUCUGUUGCAUGUGUUUGAUGAAUAUAAGAGGAUAUCAAAGAAGGAUAUUGAAGAGAGCAUUAAAUCGGAAACAUCUGGUAGCUUCGAAGAUGCUCUUCUGGCUAUAGUAAAGUGCCUGAGGAACAAACCUGCAUAUUUUGCUGAAAGACUCUAUAAAUCUAUGAAGGGCUUGGGUACUGAUGAUGACACCCUUAUCAGAGUGAUGGUUUCUCGAGCGGAGAUCGAUAUGUUGGACAUCCGGUCUAACUUCAAGAGGACAUAUGGGAAAUCUCUGUACUCUUUCAUCAAGGGGGACACAUCUGGAGACUACAAAAAGGUACUGCUCAUUCUCUGUGGAGGAGAAGAUUAAAAUAAAGUCCCAGAGGAUAAGAGGAUUCCCAGUGCUUUGAAUUUUUUUGACUUUAUUUUUCUACACUGCUAUUAACAUUAUCUCAGCCUGCUUAUUUCCAAUUAAAACGCCUACAGAUGCCUCCUA